AUAGAUAUAAUAACAAAUAUUUUCUUCAUUUCGUCCUAGUAGCCGGCAGCCAAAUAAGAUGAUGAGUCAUGGAGAUAGGCAUGGGCUGACCUCCUCCUGGCAAGGUGGUCAUCAAUAGGACAUGGGUUCCAAAUUUCUCUCAUAGCCUCCCCUUUCCUCUCUCCACCCCCAUUCGUUGCUUCUUCACCUUCUCUUCUUUUUUUUUUCUCAUAAAAUGUUGAGGAUGUGGAAAUGGUAUCAGAGCUGCUUAUCUCUUCAUCCUGUGAAAACACAAGUUAUCAGCUCAGGUUUCCUUUGGGGCUUCGGGGAUAUUGCUGCUCAAUACAUCACCCAUUCCACCGCAAAGAAACGCCUCCAAUACAAGCAGGAUGAAGAGCAAGAAUUUAAAGUCAAUUGGAAACGGGUAGCUAUCACAAGUAUGUUUGGAUUUGGCUUCGUUGGACCAGUUGGACACUUUUGGUAUGAAGGCUUGGACAAAUUUAUAAAGAUGAGGCUUCAUCUACGCCCAAAGUCAGCAAGGUUUGUUGCUACAAAAGUUGCAAUGGAUGGCCUUAUCUUUGGCCCCUUUGACUUGUUUGUAUUUUUCACUUAUAUGGGGUUCUCCACCGGCAAAAGUGUUGCCCAAGUGAAGGAAGAUGUUAUGAGGGAUUUCCUCCCAGCCUUGAUUUUGGAGGGUGGUGUAUGGCCAAUUGUUCAGGUUGCAAAUUUCCGUUAUGUUCGUGUGAGAUACCAACUCCUUUAUGUUAAUAUCUUCUGCUUGUUAGACAGUGCCUUUUUGUCAUGGAUUGAGCAACAGAAGGAUGCUCCCUGGAAGCAGCGUUUUUCUUCUUUUACCUCAUUGAAGGAACGAGGAGGCCAAGGCAGAUUGUGAUACUUCUCCUACAUUUGUAUUUUUUUUUUUUUACUCUUACUGAUCAUAUUUCCAAUUGUACAACGGAAUAAUUCAUAUACUGUUGAAAGAAUUAACGAACAUCCCCAAAAUGCCAACUGGGGUUUUUGA